AUGGAACUGGGCCCGGAGCCCCCGCACCGCCGCCGCCUGCUCUUCGCCUGCAGCCCCCCGCCCGCACCGCAGCCUGUCGUGAAGGCGCUGUUCGGCACGCCAGCCGCCGGGGGCCUGUCGCCUGUCACCAACCUGACGGUCACCAUGGACCAGCUGCAGGGACUGGGCAGUGAGUAUGAACAACCCAUGGAGGUGAAAAACAGCAGUCUGCAAAGAAUGGGCUCCUCCGAAUCAACUGAUUCAGGCUUCUGUCUGGAUUCUCCUGGGCCCUUGGAUAGUAAAGAAAACCUUGAAAAUCCCAUGAGGAGAAUAAAUUCCCUACCUCAGAAGCUCUUGGGGUGUAGCCCAGCUCUGAAGAGGAGCCAUUCUGAUUCUCUUGACCAUGAUGUCUUUCAGCUGAUUGACCAGGAUGAGAACAAGGAAAAUGAAGUCUUUGAGUUUAAGAAGCCAAUAAGACCUGCAUCUCGAGGCUGCCUACAUGUUCACGGACUGGAGGAGGGUAAAGAUCUCUUCACACAGAGGCAGAACUCCGCCCCGGCUCGGAUGCUUUCCUCAAAUGAAAGAGAUGGCAAUGAACCAGGGAAUUCCAUUCCUUUUAUGCCCCAGUCACCUGUGACUCCCACUUUGUCUGAUGAGGAUGAUGGCUUCAUGGAUCUUCUUGAUGGAGACAGUUUGAAGAAUGAUGAAGAGACCCCGUCCUGCAUGGCCAGCCUCUGGACAGCUCCCCUUGUCAUGAGAAGAACUAGCAACCUAGGCAAUCGCUGCAAGCUGUUUGACUCCCCUUCGGAGUCGUGCAGCUCUACCAUCCGGUCAGUGUUGAAAAGACCAGACCGAUCACUAGAGGAGUCCCCAGGUGGAAGCAGGAAGCGGAGGAAAAGCGUGGCUGGGGCCAGUCCGGAAGAGGCAGCUAGUCCAGAGAAGCCCCAAGAGAUUCUACAUCAUCAGUCUUUAUCCCUAGCAUAUUCCCCAAAAGGGACCAUUGAGAACAUUUUGGAUAAUGACCCAAGGGACCUUAUAGGAGACUUCUCCAAGGGUUACCUCUUUCAUACCGUUGCUGGAAAGCAUCAGGAUUUAAAAUACAUCUCUCCAGAAAUUAUUACAUCUGUUUUGAAUGGCAAGUUUGCCAACCUCAUUAAAGAGUUUGUCAUCAUCGACUGCCGAUACCCAUAUGAAUAUGAGGGAGGCCACAUCAAGGGUGCAGUGAACUUGCACAUGGAAGAGGAGGUUGAAGAGUUCUUACUCAAGAAGCCUAUCGUACCUACGGAUGGCAAGCGUGUUAUCGUGGUGUUCCACUGCGAGUUUUCUUCUGAGCGAGGCCCUCGCAUGUGCCGAUAUGUGAGAGAGAGGGAUCGGCUCGGUAAUGAGUACCCCAAACUCCACUACCCAGAACUGUAUGUCCUGAAGGGCGGAUACAAGGAGUUCUUCCUGAAAUGCCAGUCUCACUGCGAGCCCCCCAGCUACCGGCCCAUGCACCACGAGGACUUUAAAGAAGACCUGAAGAAAUUCCGCACCAAGAGCCGGACCUGGGCCGGGGAGAAGAGCAAGAGGGAGAUGUACAGCCGCCUGAAGAAGCUCUAA